GUCUCCCUUUUGGGUACCGCUGGCUGCUGCUGCCUUCUUUUCCUCCAGCCCCUGUCUAUUUAUGUGUGUAUCUAUCCCUCCUCAAGUCACUCCCUGCUGCAAACUUCCCCGGAUCGCCUCCCGCGCACCAGAGAGAGCCAGGCAGAGAUUUGGUCGGGGACUCUCGCCGCGGCAGCAUGUUUCAGCCCACACCCAAGCGGUGUUUCACCAUCGAGUCGCUGGUGGCCAAAGACAGCCCCUUGCCCGCGUCUCGCUCCGAGGAUCCUAUCCGGCCGGCGGCGCUCAGCUAUGCCAAUUCCAGCCCGAUGAACCCUUUUCUCAACGGCUUCCACUCCACUGGCAGGGGGGUCUACUCCAACCCGGACUUGGUCUUUGCAGAGGCCGUCUCCCACCCGCCUAACCCGGCCGUGCCUGUUCAUCCCGUGCCCCCUCCCCAUGCCCUGGCCGCUCACCCGCUGCCCGCUUCGCACUCUACGCACCCACUCUUCGCCUCGCAGCAAAGGGACCCCUCUACCUUCUACCCCUGGCUAAUACACCGAUACCGGUAUCUGGGCCACAGGUUCCAAGGGAAUGAAACCAGCCCGGAGAGCUUCCUAUUGCACAAUGCACUGGCCAGGAAACCCAAACGGAUCCGUACAGCUUUCUCCCCAUCCCAAUUACUGAGACUGGAACAUGCCUUUGAGAAGAACCAUUAUGUAGUAGGAGCAGAGAGAAAACAGCUGGCACACAGCCUCAGCCUCACGGAAACUCAGGUAAAAGUAUGGUUUCAGAACAGACGGACAAAGUUCAAGCGGCAAAAGUUGGAAGAGGAAGGUUCAGACUCCCAACAGAAGAAAAAAGGGACUCAUCACAUUAACCGGUGGAGAAUCGCCACCAAACAAGCCAGUCCAGAGGAAAUAGACGUCACGUCGGACGAUUAA